AUGAUGAAAUAUGAAUUAGAGAGCUCUACAACAACUCCAGAUUUAAUGGGCAGAAAAAAUAUACAUUAAUAAAUUCUACGCAAAUUAAAGAAUUUAGUUGAUCACAUACCUUAUUAGGAUUAAGAAGUCCCAAUUAAUGAUUAAUAUAUAUUAGAACUAUUAGCUGUUUUAGUUAAGAUAUUUAAUAGUGGAUUAGAUAUGUUAGUAUACAAUUUAGAAAUCUCUAGCAAAUUUAAAGUCCAUAACUUUCAGAAGUUCAUAGUGGAUUCUUUAGUCAUCUCUACCCAGUCAUAGAGAAUAGAAAGUCAACCAAAUUCAUCUAAAAGUGCCUGAAAUUCGUUAAAGUAGAUAGGCUUAAAGCUCCUAUUUGGAUCUUAUUAGAAUUGAAUUCAAAUACUCUUUUGGAAUUUAUAUUAUCUAAUGAGACUAAAGAAAAAUAUUAAAAUAAUGCAUGUAUUAGACAAGGAGAAUUAGUUGAUAUUCUAGAUAGUUAUUAUUGCAAACAUAUUAAAUUGAUAGGUGAUAAAAUUUAUGAUCUGCCAACACCUUUAUAUAGAGAAUAAAGUAAUACAAAAACAUUCUUUCCAUAACCUCCAAAUAUAUCAAAUAAUAUGCAAGGAGAUCUCUUUGAAAGAUUUCAAUAAUUUGAAGAUAUAUAACCAAUUAAACAUGUUUUCUCUUUAGAUUGUGAUGAUUCUGCAACUCAUGCACCUACACAUAGAAAAUAAGAUAUGGAAACACCAGAUCUAAAUUUUGGUAGUCCAAUGAUGGAAUAAGAUUCUAUUAAAGGUGAUGAAUCAGAUGAAGAAUAACAUAAAGCAUUACCUUAAUAUAUUUCAUUUUAAUGCAAAAAAUCUACAAAAUUAUUAAGAGAAUUAAGAGAUAAAUAAAUUGAAGAAUAUUGGAAUUGUCAAUAAACACCAAUUAGUAAAUUUACAGGAUAAUGUCAUGCAUGUUAAACAUAAAUUUAAAAGAAUUCAUAUUUCUUUUUUUAAGGGACAGCAUAUUAUUGUCAUUAUAGUGGUUUAUUUUUUUGUCGUUAAUGUAUUAGUAAUGAAUUAAGUGUUAUUCCACAUUUAAUUCUUAAUAAAUUUGAUUUUAAUAAAUAUUAAGUUAGUAAAGAAGCUUAUGAAACUAUUUAAAAGAAUAUGAAGAAAAUCAUUUUUUAAAUUAAUUAUUUUGAUAAUGUAGUAUAUUAGAAUCAAAUAUUAUAUGACUUUCUAAUAAAAAAAAGAUCUCUAAGAUUGAUGUAUGAUUUAUUAUGUCAAGACUUUAAUUUUGAUUUUAAUUUCACUUAAAAUUACUCUCAUUUACUAUUGCCAAUUAAUCUCUUUAGUAUAUAAAAUUUCAUUGACAUUAAUAAUAAAACAUUAUUUAAAAUUGCUAAUAAUGCAUAUGAUUAUGGCUUAGAUCAUAUCUCUAAAUGUCCAUAAUGUUAAAAAUUAAGUGUUAAAUGUGCUGAAUGUUUAAAAGGAAAUAUUUAUAUCUUUGAUAUUAUUGGAACAUAGUACUGCAGAAAAUGCAAGAAAAUAUUUCAUAGGUCUUGUUUCUACGAUAAAUGUACAAAAUGUGGGCAAAAUCAAUAUAUUGAUAGAAGUAAUUUACAUCAUUGA